CAUUGUUAAAAUGGCUGAUGUUUUUGAGAAUAGGCCUGCAAAGCCUACUCACUUAAAGCACGAAAUCUGAGCUUAGACGAGGACUUGAGAGCUCCUUUCAAAUACUGGAACUUCACAUGGACACUUGAGGCUGAAUCUGAUUUCACUUCAGAUAGGAUUUCUUCUGAAUUCAGUUGUGAUUUUGAGGCCCCUUGUGAUGUGGAAUAUUCAAGCAGCACAAAUUUCCCCAGGGUGGGAUGGAGACUGACAACAGGACAUAGUCUCCCUGAAGUGGACAGUGUUGGAAAUCCAAAAGAGGAUUAUUCUGAAAGACGCUCAACGGGCCACUUCUUGUUUAUGAAAGGUAAAAAUGCCUCCUCCAUCUUAAGUCCUUGGCUUCGCAGCAGCAAUGAACUGUGUACCUUCCAGUUAGCUGUCUAUCUACAUGGUGAACAGCGAGGCCGCUACACCGUUUACCUUUCUGAGAAUGGCAAGCUUUUGCAGGAAAUUGCCUCAACAGAGAAAGCUGCUGUUACUGGCUGGGCAGUCCUCCGAGGGUAUGUGGGGCGUUCAGAGAAUCCAUUUCGAAUUUCCAUUGAUUAUACUGGUUAUGGAGAUGAGGAGACAGCCGCUGUGGACUCCCUCCUGAUGUCCAACUGCAGUGCAGAACCUCCUGCUGCUUUGAACAUCACAUUUCAGGGGACCUACACAUGUCGGGAUGGCACAGUCAUCAAAAUGGGACAAAUGUGCAACUUCCAAAUGGAUUGCCAUGAAGGGGAUGAUGAGGGAGUCAUGUGCCGUGAUUUUCUUCCUGGAAGCUAUUGCUCUUUUGAAGAGGGAAGCUGUGGAUGGCAGUUUUUGAGUACUACACAAAACAGCACACUUUGGGGGAUUCGGGAGCGGCGAAAAGGAGCAUUUCCUCAACAUAAUAAGAGCUGUCCAUUCUCAGGUCAUGCAAUGGUGCUUGGUGGUGGUAAUAUUGACAAUCAGCAGCCACUUGCAUUGAGAAGUCCUGUGUUUCCACCUCCUCUGAGAAACUCGCCUUGUCAGGUUUCCUUCUCCCUCUGUGCUGAUAACGUACGACAAGCAUCACUCUCCUUAUGGCUUCUGGAAAAUAAUACAGACAUUUGUGAGGUGUUCAAGCUACAAAAUAGUGCCCUUGAGCGGGGAUGGCAUCAGUUGGUUGUUCCUCUACAUGGAGUGUCAGAAAGAUUUCAGUUAGAAUUUAUCUUCUUGGCUUCAGCCAAAUUCAGAACUUCUGCAGUUAUUGACAACAUCUUCCUCAGCAUGGAUUGCUUCAUGACCUCCAAUGGAGAUUUUCCACCUAAGGUUACAUCAGUUACAUCAAACAAGGCAUUUUUAGGUUUGACCGACAACAGGAAAGCUCCUCAACCCACUGAUAGAAGCUUUCAGGCAGAGCUUCAGGAAUCCAACAUCACUGAUCUGUGGAUUUUCAAGAACAUGAAUGACACACAAGAAGGAGGGCCUCAAGGCAAAGAGUGGAGUUUCCACACCUGUGGAGCAGCAGGAGCAGUCGGACCCACGCCAACCCAGUGUGAUAAUGCCUAUCAAGACAGUGAUAUUAGUGUGACUGUAGAUGUUGAAGGGCCAUUCAAGGGAGUCCAGAAGUGGACAGUGCCUGCAACUAACACUUACAGGAUCACAGUGUAUGGGGCAGCAGGUGGAAAGAGUGUCCUUAACCAGUAUGGCCGUUCUCAUGGACUGUGCCUGGUGGCUGACUUCAUGCUACAGAAAGGGGAGUUGCUGUAUAUCCUGGUUGGACAACAAGGAGAAGAUGCCUGUCCAAAUGCAAACCCUGCAAUCAAAAGAGAGUGUCUAAGAGAGACUGCAUUGAUCGACAGUGAAAUCAGAGCCCGGGGGUUUGUGGAGGAGUGGGCUGGUGGUGGAGGAGGUGGAGGCGGGGCCACAUACAUCUUUAUGGUGAAGAAUGGAGUGCCAUUGCCCUUGAUAAUUGCAGCUGGUGGAGGUGGAAGAGGCUACAACAGCAAAACUGAUAUUUCUGCUGAGCAGCUGCAGCGAGACCUGAAGGUACCUGGCAUAAAUGGCAUUUCUGGAGCAGCAGGGGGUGGCGGAGGUUGGAAUGAUGGGAUGCCAAAGGUCACUGGUGGGCUACCCUUGUUAAAGGGUGCACUGGGAGGACAAGCUUGUCCACAGGCCCUCAAAAAAUGGAGCUGGCAGACACGAGGAGGUUUUGGAGGGGGUGGUGGAGCCUGCUCCUCUGGUGGGGGUGGAGGUGGCUAUAUUGGAGGUAACACCUCAAUACUCAAUGAUUCUGAACAAGACGGGGAAGAUGGCAUCUCUUAUCUUAGUCCAGAAGGCAUCCUUUUUCAUCCUCCUCUAAAAGGUUCAGAGAGCCAUGGAGAAGUGCUUAUCCAGCUGGCUUUAAACUGUAGUCACUGUGAAUCAAAUGAAUGCCAUCUUACCGGAGAGCCACCAGUACCAGUGUGCUACUGUGAACAAGGGUUCGCCCUGGCUUCUGACCAGUCUACAUGCAACAAGCUCGAUAUGAAUAAAGUACCGAUGCCCCACCUUCCACUACCACUGGUACUCUCUGUGGCAAUGUCAGCUCUCAUUGCACUCCUCCUAUUGGCUGUCUCUGGAAUUAUGAUUGCAUACCGUCGCAAGCAACCCGAAUUGCAAUCCAUUCAGCUUGAGCUGCAGAGUCCUGACUGCAAACUAAGCAAACUGAGGACAUCUACCAUUAUGACUGACUACAACCCUAACUAUUGUUUUGCUGGCAAGACGACCUCUGUCAGUGACCUAAAGGAAGUUCCUCGAAGGAAUAUCUCAUUUGUCAGGGGUCUUGGACAUGGUGCCUUUGGAGAGGUUUAUGAGGGACAGGUGGUUGGAAUCCCAGGAGAGCCAAGUCCAAUGCAGGUGGCGGUCAAGACUCUGCCUGAGGUGUGCUCAGAGCAAGAUGAACUGGAUUUCUUGAUGGAGGCCCUUAUCAUCAGCAAGUUCAGCCACCAGAACAUUGUGCGCUGUAUUGGAGUCAGCCUCCAGGCACUUCCCCGUUUCAUUUUGCUGGAGCUAAUGGCUGGUGGUGAUCUCAAAUCAUUUCUCCGAGAAACUCGGCCCAGACUGGGUCAGCCUUCCAGCUUGUCCAUGGUGGAUUUGUUAAAUGUGGCUCGAGACAUUGCACGUGGAUGCGAGUACCUGGAGGAGAACCACUUCAUUCACAGGGACAUAGCAGCUAGGAAUUGCCUUCUGACAUGCAAAGGCCCUGGAAGAGUUGCUAAGAUUGGAGAUUUUGGUAUGGCACGAGAUAUUUACAGAGCCAGCUACUACAGGAAGGGAGGACGAGCAAUGCUACCAGUGAAGUGGAUGCCCCCUGAAGCUUUCAUGGAAGGCAUUUUCACCUCCAAAACUGACACCUGGUCAUUCGGAGUACUUCUCUGGGAGAUUUUCUCCCUUGGUUACAUGCCUUAUCCUAGCCGCAGCAACCAGGAAGUGCUGGAGUUUGUGACAAAUGGCGGGAGAAUGGAUCCUCCCAAAAACUGCCCUGGACCUGUGUACAGAAUAAUGACUCAGACCUGGCAGCAUCAGCCUGAAGACCGGCCCAACUUCUCAAGCAUCCUGGAGCGCAUAGACUACUGUCUUCAGGACCCUGAUGUUGUGAACACACCACUGCCCAUAGAAUAUGGCCCUGCCACAGAGGAAGAGGAGACAGUCCCAAUGAGGCCCAAAAAUCCAGGAAGUACACCUCCACUCUUGGUCGCGCAAAAUUGUGAGGGUGAAGAAUUGAGCAAUCCUCGCAUGUUACCAAUAUCACCUCCCACACCUCCUUGUCGACCAUGCCAUCUUCCAGUGGGGGAAUCAAGCCCUUGUCCACCUCCUCAGCUACGGCCAGCACUAAUGCAAUGCAUUCGAGUAACUCCCUUUAUGGGAGAAGCAAGUGGGGGCCAUAUCAAUAUGGCCUUUUCCCAGGUACCACCUCAAGAGAGAGAAGCACGGAAUGGCAAUGCCACUAAUUUGUGGAACCCCACAUAUGGUUCAUGGUAUGUAAAUAAACAACGCACACAAGCAGAGGGAGAGGAAGACUGCAGAACAUUCAGCAAUAAUGUAGGCAAGGCUCCACCCCGACCGCCACCGCCACCUCCUCCUCCACCCCCACCUCCUCCUCCACCUCCUCCUCUGGUGAUUCUCGAACCAGCUGCCCUCUCACCAGAAUCUGCCACACCUUCAGUCCCACUAUUCAGACUAAGUAGGUUCCCCUGUGGGAAUGUGGGCUAUGGGUACCAGGAGCAGGGCUUACCUUUGGAGCAGAAACUUGGUCCGCUGCACAACAGGACAGGCAGCACAGAGUACAGUCAUCCCCUUCUUGUCACUAAAGGACAAGGUGGUGAGCAGGAUGUGUCGCGAAAGGGCCUGUUAAGCUGGGACGCCGGAAUCCCUAUGACAGAAGAUGUCAGUGCCACUGUUCUAUAGUGUCAAACUCUGAAGUUUUCCUUUCUUUGGUUUGGUUUUAUUCCCCCAGACUAAUGCUUCAAGCUCAAAGUGUAAACCACUUGCAAAGAGAUUUGUAGUAGAAAGCUGUGUCUCAGUUUUCUGGAAUCAAAUGAUAAUAUAUUCAUAAAAUAUUAGUUUACUACUAUGUUUCAGCUGUUCAUUGAAAGAAAAACAAUUUUGAUACGUGGGGAGAUUAUUUGCUUGUAAAUAAAUAAAGCUCAUGUAAAAACCUUGCAAAAUUGCCAGGAAGACCUGAACCAAAAGCAUGGAAGUCAAUAACUGGAGAACAGCUCUACUGUAGUUUUCUGUUCAACCCACUUUAAAAGCAGGACCAAAUAUCUUAAGAAAAAAUGGUAGUAAAUGCAAUGCCACUGACUGAAAAGCAGCAGCAGAAGAGGUAAGGUCAAAAACUAUUAUGUGUGACACGUACACAGAGGAUACUCCCAAUGGACUGGAUGUCGAGCACCAGAGGUGACUGCCUAGGUUUCAGCAGUAUGCUACAUAUUUAUAAGAAAAUGACUCUGAGGUGACAAUGGUCGCCUGACCUUUUGUAAAACUGAGCAAGACCUGUGGUUUCUAGCUGUCUGGACUUCAUUUCUAUGCACACUGCCUCCUUAUCUGCACUGCUGAAUUGUACGGUAGAGGCUGUACACAGAUACAGCAGAUGUAUUUCCCAAAUGUCUGAUGCCAAACACUUGGGUAAAAUGUGGUUUUUCAAUGUGAAGAAUGACAGAGACCAAACUCUACAUUUGUCAAUGUGCAUCCUGAUCACUUUUUAACAUAUGUGGGUGGCAAUGCCAGUCACUUCUUGACAGGGCCUUUGUCUCACCUAACGCAUGCUUAAUAAGAACGGCUUCAAAUAAAAUUCUUUAAAAGUA